AGAGUUACAGUGACCAACAAGCACGAGGCUUGGAGGAUUCUGCACGUGAAUACAUCCCGUGUCGACAUCGUCUGGAGAGCUGCACACUUGCACAGUCGGCCGCCGUAGCUAGUGUGUUUUCUCCGCUUCGCAUCUUUCUUCUGAAGAUCGAAAACUGCAAAAAUGUCAUCGGGGCUGCCAGAGGAGAACCCCAUCUACGGACCGUUCUUUGGUGUCAUAGGGGCAUCGUCUGCUAUGAUAUUUUCCGCACUGGGGGCAGCCUAUGGCACCGCAAAGUCUGGCACGGGCAUAGCUUCAAUGGCAGUGAUGCGACCCGAGCUGAUCAUGAAAUCCAUCAUCCCCGUCGUCAUGGCGGGUAUCAUCGCCAUCUACGGGCUAGUCAUAGCCAUCCUGAUCGCCGGACAGAUCAAAGGUCCCAAAGAAUACUCUCUCUACAUGGGCUUCAAGCACAUGGGCGCCGGCCUCACGGUCGGCUUCAGCGGGCUGGCUGCUGGCUUCACCGUGGGCAUCGUGGGCGACGCGGGCGUGCGCGGCACAGCGCAGCAGCCGCGUCUCUUCAUCGGCAUGGUUCUCAUCCUCAUCUUCGCAGAGGUGCUGGGCCUCUACGGGCUAAUCGUCGCCAUCUUCAUGUACGCCAGCUAGCGCACCCACCGUGGAAGCUGCUC